UAUUUGCGCUUGUAACUAGACGAGUUAACUAAAUCGAGUCUAAUAUUUGUGAGCGUUGUAGGCGUUGUCGUGUUUUAGCACCGACCGCUGCCUCUUCAAUUCGUCGUUGACUUUUAUUUAUUAACUUUUAUUUGCUCGUACAAACUGGUGUAUGCACUAAGCGCCAGCGGAACUAACAUUAAAGUGUGACGCGCAUUGAGAGUGUGGAAGCCCUAAACGAGUAGAGGGAACCGCGCGUGUAUUUAUGUGUGUGAAGACCAAAAUUAUAGACGUCUGAGUGACAUCCCAAAAAUACAAGAAAAAAAAGUGACAAGAAGUGAAAGUUUGUAGUGAUUACAAAAAGUUGUGAAAUUAAAGAUCAUUUUUGUAUCAGUUUCAAAAUUAAGUUUAGUGGAAACGAAUACUGGAAUGUAAAUAAAUUUGAGUAAAAAAGAGGACGCUCGCAUACGCUCUUUCGCACUCAACUCGGGCUUUAAAAAUCAAACUUAAUGCACUCACACGCUCGCUCGCCUUUCUUAAGCUUUAAGGAGCGCCUCCAUUAACCAACGCAAGAAGAGAUCUCUAGUACAACGAACAAUGCUUAGCUAAAGGACAAAUCAAGUGGAGGGGGGCCACAGAAAGCGCUGCUUGCUGCCCCUGGUGCCGCAUAUUUCGCUCCGACUAUUUUACCAGACAUCGCGGUUGAAAUGCUGCUAGCACGAGUUGCAUGAACAACUGUUAUCCGUAAGAGUGCCGCCAACAAACGUCAAUAAGUGGAUGCACCCGAAAGCAUUUAGUGUUAGAAUGCCCGAUCGACGGCCAACAAGUCUACAUCCGUUGGAUGUGGAGCGACUGCUUGGCAUUUUUCUAGCGCUUAUCGUGCUCGCACCUUUUGCGGCAGCCUGCUCCAGCCGUGCCAUACAGAAGCCACCAUCGCCGCCUUUGCCAACUGCAGGAGCAGUUGAAGUUCCCACCACGUCACGCCCCAACAUCACAUUCCCCAUUUACAGUUGCCCGCCCACUUACGCCGCCUGGUACUGCUUGAAUGAUGCCACCUGUUUUACCGUUGAAAUCCACAAUGAAAUUCUCUACAACUGUGAGUGCGCCGCUGGCUUUAUGGGUCCACGUUGUGAGUACAAAGAAAUCGACGGCUCAUAUUUGCCAACAAGACAGCGUGCCAUGCUCGAAACCGCCAGCAUUGCGAGUGGUGCCACAUUGGCUUUGCUCGUGGUUGUUAUACUGUGUCUGAUGUGGUAUAUUCGCUACGACAAGCAACGCCAAAAGCUGAAUGAGAGCGCCGAGAUGGCUCACGACAACGAAGGCCUCGACGAAGUGGAUGGUAUGACGCGUUUGCCGGAACGUCGACCCUUCGGUGAACAUCAUUACAAAACGCUGCCACUGGCGGCUGCCUUUAAACGAUAACUUACGUAAAUAGUCG